AGAAAGUCACAAGUAUGUCAACUCAAUCUACCUACCACCUUAAUUUAUGUCUCAAACAAACAACCUUAUAUAUUGCUUCUCUCUUCCAUUCUUACACAUCAUUCUAAGCUUCUCUCUUAAUCCCUUUAUUUCUAUCUACAUCUCCAGCAACUAACUAUGGCUAGUGAAACAGUUUUGGUUGAUGAAAUCUCUUACCCUUCCAAGAUCACUACUACCAAGCCUCUUUCUCUCCUUGGUCAUGGGAUUACCGACAUGGAGAUCCAUUUUCUGCAAGUGAAAUUUUAUUCAAUUGGGGUUUAUUUGGAACCUGAAGUAGUAAGUCACUUGCAACAAUGGAAAGGUAAACCUGCCAAGGAGUUGGAAGGCAGUGAUGACUUCUUUGAUGCUCUCAUUUCUGCUCCUGUGGAGAAGGUAAUCAGACUUGUGGUGAUUAAAGAGAUUAAGGGUGCACAAUAUGGUCUUCAAGUUGAAACUGCUGUGAGGGACCGUUUGGCAGCUGAUGACAAAUACGAGGAUGAAGAAGAAGAAGCUUUGGAAAAAGUAGUUGAAUUUUUCCGGUCUAAGUACUUCAAGAAAGAUUCGGUCAUCACAUAUCAUUUCCCUGCAAAUUCUCCAACUGCUGAGAUUGCGGUAACUUUGGAGGGGAAAGAAGACACAAAGUAUGUAAUAGAGAAUGUGAAUGUGGUAGAGACAAUCAAGAAAUGGUAUCUUGCUGGCUCAAGGGCUAUAUCUCCUUCAACCAUUUCAUCUUUGGCUGCAAAUCUCUCAGAGGAAUUGUCCAAGUGAAGAAAACUUUGUGUUGUGUAAUCAUGGGAAUCUAUGUUCUUUGUUGCCAAUAUGUAUUAAUUGGAACUCUCUUUACACUGUUUGCGGAAUUCGGCUUUUUUUAACUUAUCGGAAUAAUGUUAAUCUUGUGAGACAUGCCAAA